AGGUCAGUGUGUGACAGUAUAAUGUAUUGAAUAACUGUAAUCGUAUGCCCUUAUAACUGCAAAGAUGAGUGUCAACUUUGUAGAUUAUUUCGCCAACGAGCACAAUGGAUAUGAUAUCUUAUAUCAAAACAUGAAAUACGGACUCAUAGCGAGCAAAGAACUUUCCGAGUACCUUAGAGAGAGGUCCAACAUAGAGGAGUCGAACUCUAAAUUACUAGCCAAGCUAGCGAAACAAGCUAAUGGUAAUUGCGCGCAGGGCACUUUCGCGCCGUUCUGGGGCGUACUCAAGUGCUCCGCGGAAAAGCUGUCUAAUUUGCACCAGCAUAUGUUCCAAAAAGUAAGCGAACUGGUCAAAGAUGUGGCCAGGUAUGCUGAUGAUUUGCACAAGAAACAUAAGGCAGUGAAAGACUCUGAAUCCAGCACAUUAGAAGUAGUUCUUCUCAUACAGAACACAAAACAAGCUUUGCAGAAGGCCACAGAUGUCUACACAAGUAAGGCUGCUGAGCUAGAGAAGCUUCGCAAAGAUAAUGCAUCUGCCAAGGACCUUGAAAAGGCUGAAUCAAAACUGAAGAAGUUACAUGAGGACCACAGACAACUUCUAGAGAAGUAUAACUUGGUGAAACAGGAUUUUGAAAAGAAAAUGACUCAGACCUGCAAACAUUUCCAAGAUGUUGAGGAAGCUCAUUUGAAACAAAUGAAGCAGUUUGUAAAUACGUACACAGAGAUUAUUCAGAACAAUCAUGACCUCAUGGGACAGGUCCACAGAGAUUUCAAACAUCAAUGUCUCGAAUUAACAGUUGAGAAACUAUUAGAACAGUUUCUGAUAGAGAAAUACACUGCAAUUGAGAAGGCCAACUUGGUGGAAUUGCCUUCACUACCAAAGCCAGGGUCAGCUAACAACUCCAUAUCUGAGGCAGAUCAGAUAUCUACUGUCUCUAACGGGUCUCACAAACCUGCCCAGCCAGCUAAGGCACCUAAGAAGGAGCAGUCAUUUGCCAGCAAAACUCUAAGAUCUACCAGGACAACAUCUCUGUUAAACCUGUUCACACCAAACUUUCAGAGUAAAGAUGAGCCUAGUGGUAGCAUUGAGGGCCCAGCACCGUGCUCCGCGCCAUCGAGCCCAAGUGGCACACCAGCUACGCCAGUAGCUCCCGACAAAGAUGACAAUAUGGGACGCACUACUCUACGCGAAUCAAAAUGGUUCUUGCGCAGUAGGCGUACCAAGUCCAAGCCUAAAAAAUCAAAGAAGAAGAAAGAUGAAAUAUCAGAGAACUCUAAUGCUGGGGAAAAGUCUGAUUUGGAAGAAAAAGAGGAAGAAGUUCCAGUCAAAGAAGACUUGAAUUCCCCAGAAGUAGAUGAGGAAGGCUACUGUAUCAGGCCAAAAGACGAAAAGGGGAGUGCAUAUUCUACAUCAGACUCAGAUUCUGAAGAGGAAAGGGAUCAAAAGAUUCAUGUAGAAAUCAAACCUAUAAGCAAUGGUAGUGCUCCUAUGUCGGCGAGCGUGGAUGAGCUUAGGGCGACAGUAGAAAACAUCUCCCUGUAUAAAAUCGGCACACAUAGACGUGGCUCGAAUGCGAACGCUAGUAAAGCAAGUAGCGAUUUAUUGGAUCUGAAUUUCUUCCAAAGUCCAUCAGCUAGCAACCCUACUUCGCCGCAUGGCAAUGUCUCGAAUCCUUAUGCGCCGUUACAGGCUAACCAGUCGCAUUUACUUGAAAGUCCGACUCCCAUAUCGACUGCAGACGUCGGCGAUCUAUUCUCUGAAGUAGGCGAUAUGGGCCAGUCCGCUGUUCGGACGUCCACCCCCACGAUAUCUACGAUCUCACUCCCGCGUCCUCCGUCACGGCGAUCAGAGGGAGAUUUCCGAACGGCCGGUUCUUCAGGCUCGCGCGGCCCCUCGCCUCUCACAAUAGGCAUGGCCGACACAAUACCGUUAGCUGUCGCGUUCCACGAGAUUAUACACUCGUAUUUCCGAGGUACAGAAGAGUCUAAAUGUCAAGUGAAAAUGUCGGGCGAUAUGAUGCUGUCCUUCCCCACCGGUAUAGUCGGCGUACUCGCCAACAAUCCCAACCCGGCUAAACUCUGCUUUAGACUGAAGAACAUCCACAGGUUAGAUAAUGUUCUGCCGAAUAAACAGCUGAUUAGCAUCAACACUAUGAUGUCAACGCGCGACACGACUGUCGUGGACUUUAACAUGCCAGCGUUAACGGCCCUAUUGAGACGUCAGUCAGAAAAGAACCCUACAGCUCAGUAUUUCAACGUAGAUAUUCUUAAGUAUCAGAUACGUCCGAAAGCGGGCGCUGCGUCAUGUCCGUUCCAACUGGUCGCGUAUUGGAAAUGCGAGCAAGACCACACCGAUUUGAAGGUGGAUUAUAAGUACAAUCUGCACGCGAUGAGCCCGCCUUCGCCUCUGCUGAACGUGUCGGUGUGUGUCCCGAUGAAUGGCGAGGUGAAAAACGUGAUAGCGAUGCCGAAAAACAUUUGGAACGGGGAAAACGAGCAGGCGUUGUGGAGAUUUACAGAGUUGUCCCAGCACUCGGAUGACCGUGGUGUGGGAUCAUUACGGGCGCGUUUUGAGUUGGAUAAAGGCCCGUCGUCGAAGGGUACUAUCUCCGCCCAGUUCAACUGCGAGGGCGCCACGCUCUCGGGCAUCGAGUUCGAGCUGGUCGGCAGCGGUUACCGGCUGUCGCUCGUCAAGCGCCGCUUCGUCUCCGGCAAAUAUAUUUGUGAUAGUGAAGUGCACUGAUUGGUCCAAAACCUUAUGAUUCACAUUUCUAUAGCUUGUAAAGUCUGGUUGCGACGUCCUUGUACGCUACUUGAUUGAGGUGUGCAAUGUAUAUGUUUGGUACCUUAUAGGACUGUUUCCUGUCCACAAAAUUAAGUUACAUUUUAUAUCACAAUAUAAGUUUGUCAAUUUUAAAGUUAAUUAUAUUAUAUUAGUUUAACUGACAUUUUGUAACAAUUUUGAUAAUAGUAACAUUCACUGAACUAACUUAUUUCCAGAAUAGAGAUUAUGUGCCAUUUUACCAUGUUUACUAAUGUUUUCAUACAUCCAGAAUAUAUUUUUCAUUUAAAAUGUAGGACAUAAUAAUCUCAGCCUGUCUUACAGGACUUCAUCACAAUUUUAUUACAAUAUAUUUAAUUUUGAUUAAAAUUGUGUCUAUUUUGAAUAAUCACCGUAUUAUGACGAUUAUAUUAUCUUUAUAAUUAACUUUGUAACCCCUGAAGACUAAGCUUUAAAAUAAUAUAUUUCAAGCUUCAUUUCUCGAAACCGUUUUGGGGUCAUAUUGAUAUCCUCUAUUUCUCAUUGAGUUCAUUCACAUUAUUCUAAACUAAUAAAUAUAAUCUUUUAUGUUUUUAAUUUGAGAAUUGUUAUUAAACUUAAUUUUCUUACAGGCCUAAGAAAGGUCUAUAAUUGGCCAAGAUAGGCAAAUAAAUUUAAAUUAUAUCAAAAUAUCUUUAUUUUUAAUUGAAUAUGUAGUUGCUGUCCAUUGCUAUAGUAACCAAUUAAAUUGGAUUCAUUAAUUUAGAUUUAAUUGAAUCUCUUUAUUGAAUGUUGGGUAGGUCCAACAUAAUUAAGUUGAGCUGUUUUGUGUAAUUAUCAGCAUUUAGUUUUCAACCACUGUGGAGGUUUUUUGUUGAUUUUCUAGAUUUUUGAUUCCAGGGUGUAAUCGUAUUAUUACUCAUUAAUAAUCUCAUUUUAUAAGUUUUAUAUUAGACUUAUAAUAUUGAAGUUUCAUUUUAAAUGUUGUCGGCCUAACAUAUACCUUUAACGUAAAAUAGUUUUGUACUUUACCAAAAGUGAAGUGUUCAUAGCAUUAUAGUUUUAGAUCAAAUCAAGUUCUAGUACAAUUAAACCAUUCCAUUUGUUUUUAAUUACUACAUAGUAAGGACUUUGUUUGAAAAUUUUUGCUGUUUAUAUUGCAAAUUCUUUUUGGAUUAUAUAAUCGACUAAUAAGAAUUCAUAAACUGUACUCUAUUUAGUUACACAAAAAUUGGAAUGUAGUGCAAAAAAUAUUUUUGUAAUGUAAAAUUUACUGCAUGUACGACUCUAAUUAUGUAUACUGUAACUACUUAUUGUAAAUUCGAAAUAAAUUGUAAUUUUAGCAUUUC